AUCAUUAUGGUGGCACCCAUGGCAGCUUCACGUUUGUAUUAGUUGUAGUUUUAUGUUGUUUGUAGUUGUUUGUUUGGCUUUGUUUUGUUAAUGUCUGGCGUUGCAAGUAAACAGAAUCGGAAGAUCGUAAGCAGCAACUGGCAUUUCAGCAAAACUAUGGAAGAACUGGUUCACGAUCUUGUCUCUGCACUGGAGGAGAGUUCUGAACAGGCAAGAGGAGGGUGUGUUGACACUGGUGACCAUUCUCGCAGUGUAGCUUGUCUCUUGAAACGCCAGGCCAGAAAGCGAAGGGGACGAAAGCGAAGGUCAGAAAGUAGUCACCACCCCUGGGAGCAUGGACACUGCCUAAGUGAGGCCUCUGAGUCUAGCUUAGAGGAACAAAACCAAAACAAGGAUUACAGAGAGAGCCACAAUAAUAAAGACAAUAGUGACUCUGACGAUCUGCUUUUGAUACCAAAGCGCAGAUCUGCUACAGCUUCAACUGUCAGAGUCAAGAGGCCACUGUGGCAUGAACCUGAUUUGACUCUUGAUAACUUAGGAAACAGGACGCUUCGCAGGAGAAGAAAAGUGAAACGCAUGUCUAUAGAUCCACCACCAGAGUUCAGUAAUGCAGUAUCAUUUUCUCAGCUACAGGGAAACAGCAGAGACUAUGCAAUGGACAGUGAGAACAAACAUUACUCUAAUCAAGAGUUCAGUAAAAGCAAAGUGAAAAAAAGAAAGCUGUCCUCAGUUCGGCAAGGGCUGGAAGUGUUAGACGAGGGGGUAGUUGUUGAAAGUGAAGACAUGAGCCACGUGCAAAAGGACAAAAUGGAAUAUGAUGAACAGAAGGGCUCAGAUGAAAACAUGAGUGACAGUGACUCCAGCAGUCUUAGCAGCAGUGAUGCUGGCUUGUUUACCAAUGAUGAGGGAAGACAAGCUGACGAUGAGCAGAGUGACUGGCUAUGUGAAGGUGAUUCUGGAGGGGCAUGUGGCAUUGCUGGAGUCAUACCCUGGUGGGAACAUGAGGAUUCUUCUCUACUUGAGAAAGAAUUACCUGAUCCAGUCUUUGAGAGCAUCUUAAAAGGCUCAUUUCCCCUCAUGUCAGAUUCAGGACGAAGAGGCUUUCAGGCAAGACUUAGCCGCCUUCAUGGAAUGCCAGUGAGGAAUAGCAGGAAAUCACAAGGAGCACAAGCUGCAGGGAUUAGCACUCCAGGUCCCGGCAGUAAUGAGAGAGCAGUGCACUUCUCCCAGGACCCACAUCACCACGAUCGCUGGUUCAGCCCUGGGGCAAGGAAAGAACAUGGUCAGGACAUUCGGCUAGAUAGAGGAUACAAGAAAAUGUGUUCACCAAAGACAGCUAGCAGACAAACAAGUGUUCACUUAGGAUCCCUGUGCACAGGCGAUGUGAAAAGGAGAAGGAAAGCAGCCCCUCUGCCUGGACCACCAGUGGCAGGUUUUGUGGGUGAGAAUGCUCAGCCUAUUUCAGAAAGCAACAUUGGAAACAGGAUGCUUCAGAGUAUGGGUUGGAGUCCUGGUAUGGGAUUAGGACCAGAUGGAAAAGGGAUUUCUGAACCAGUCCGAGCAAUGCAGAGACCAAAAGGAAUGGGACUUGGAUUUAGUUGACAACAAAGGAGUUCCUCGUUGUCUGCUCAUAAAUCUGGAGUGAUUCGGGUAAUGACCACAGUUGUGUUCUGGUGUCUUCAGUCAUUCUCACUUAAAAGAACAUCAGGCAUCCCUCUAUAGAUACAUAGACCCUUGAAGAUGGACAAAAUUAGCUUAAUUAAGUUUCAUCGUUUACAAGUGCCUGAUGUUCUAUCCUCAGCCAUUGCUGGUGCUAACAUACAGACAAAACUGGAUGGACAAUUGUAAUCACUGCAGCUUGCUUUGCAGAAGUGUAUUAACAUCAGUUUAGUUCACUGUCAUUUUUAAAUUGUGUCUCAUGGACCCAUUGUACAGAAACUGCAAGCACAAUCCAUUUGCAUAUGGUAUUGUAAGUAACUUGUCAGGGAGUGGUGUGGCAUGCAUCUUGGAGAGAUUCAUUAUAUAAGAGGCUAGAUGUCCCCACUUCUGAUCAUGUUUGUAGAAAAAUGACAUUAAUAAGUGUGCCAGGCUGCUUCUGUUAUAAGUCUUUACACAUUCUACUAGAGUUUGUAGGUGAUAUCACCUCAUCCCACAAGUAUGACUGUGCCUUUGUGGACACCAGAUAAUUUACAUAAGAAAGAACGCAUUUUUAGAAUGUGAAAGCACAUUGAACAAGAGUUUGGUCAAGAUAUGGAGCCUGAAACCACACAGAGUGUACAAGACUUGAAGUUCACAGAUAUUGUUAACGGGUGCUAUCCAAGCCCAUGACUGUCAGUCAUGUUGUUAAGAAACUUGCUGAAGUUUCCGUGGAGGUAAAUACUUUGUUUUAUGUAAAACAGAAGGAGAAUGUCUUCAUUUCUUAGCCAAAUUAUCUGUAGGUAGUAUAGAUAACAUUUCAUGUCUCCAGUGAAAGCAAGCCAUUGAUCAUGUAGAGCUUACCUGAUCAACAAAAUGAAUAAAUCAGUAAAUUAGUUAUGGUCUUGUUAUGCUUGCUGCUGUUUUGGAAAGAUGACCCAUAUUUUGUUAUAGUGAACAUGUAAACACCAAAUUAUUUCCACUUCAAACAUGGAGGCAGCUGGGAAGAUUUUCAAGAAUUCAGCAAUCUUUGGUUCAUGUUUUUGUGACGGAAAAAGAAAAUGAAAUUUCUAGGUCUUUCACUUCUAAAGAUUGGAUCCUCUCUUUCAGCAGUAAUUCAUAUAUUUUAACUAGAAAAUUUUAGUCAUGACCCACGUCUGACAUCAGUCCUUUAAAAAUGAACAAAUAUUUUCUUUUCUGUUGCAUUGUUUAACUUUACUUAAUGAGACAUUAUUGACCAAAUUUCUGUAAAUUAUAUGCACUUUCUAAGUAGCUAAGAUGUCUUGCACAAUGAUAGGAUAGCGGUCCAUUUAUCCUGCUAGACAUGUCACUUUAACAGCAGAGAUGUGAUGUAGUUUGCCAUACUACUUACAUCUGUUUUACAGCUGUCUGGUACCUCAGAAUUCCUUUGGCUUACACGCCAUAGCCUCUUGAAGAGCUGUUGUACAUUUUAGAUGCUUUCAUGCGAACUGGUUGAAGAUGAUAACUCUGCUGUCAAGUUGUUUGGAAUUGUGAGUAGCUACCUUCUUCUCUAUAAUCCUUUCAGUUUCACAUUUUUUGUGGUAGGAUGCAAAUGCCUUUUACUAGCAUACAACUUUAAACAUAUAACCAGAACUAAAACCGUUAAGUCACAGCAUACUCCCAGCAACCAAAUUGGGUAGGGUGAUUAUAUGGCUUUGUUUUGCAGAUAGCACAUUGUCUCUUUAGCCAUUAUUAGUACUCUUGGUCUCAACUUCAGACUUCUUUACUCAGGGGAAGCUUUCAUCCCAUCUGAGUUCAUGCUCACAUUAUUUUUUCCAUAAGCAGUAAGACUGCAAAGGAAAUGCUUAGAAGUUUGGACUUGCUGCAAAAAUAGGAUAUUGAAGCUGUAGCAGUCGGUGGCAACAGUCAUGCCACCUUUUGUGUCAGCAAGCUUCACACAUCAGUUCUUAUUAUCCCUUCAUAGUCUGAACUUCUCACUUGUGGAAUAGAAAGCCUUUCUUAGUCUCUGUGGCCUAAUUUGUGGAAGAGUACAGGUUUUUGGCAUGACAGCUGCAGAGUGAACUUAUUGUAUAUUUCACCUCUUCAUUUUCAGGAGGUUAGGUAUUAUAGUGUGUUUUCUUGUAUUUGUCUGUUUCCCAAAGAAGCUUUUUAAUGGCCUUGCCUCUUUCCUUCUUACAUGAGGAGGAAAAAAAGGGUACUUUGACCUUGUAUCGAUGCACUUGUGUGUGUACAUUUCCCGACAUGAGCCACCAUGUCUGGAAUAUUUUGCUCUGUUUCAGAUCAAACCCAUAACAUAGGCAAUUGUAAUGAGUUGUUCUUCAGUGGACUUGCAAAUGUAAAGAAAAACAUAGAGAAAUGGAGGAGUGAUUGCUCCAUUUUCAAAGGUAAGUUCUUUUAGCUCAUCACCUCAGGAAAGUCUCUCUCUCUUGUUAUUUUGCUUCCACUGACCCUUUCCCCCACCCUCCAUCUGUGAGCACUGUGACUGGCUGCUCCAGCACUACAUUGCUUCUGAUCUCUUUAGUAGCUCAUCUACCAUCCUUAAAAUAGUUUUUUUACCUUUGUGGAAGAUGGUUUAAUUUCCUGGAGAGCAUAAGUUUAUAGAUUUUUUUAAACUGCUGUUGAUGGUUGUCAGGUAGAGGAGAUGAAAGACAAAUAAACCAUUAAAAUAUCUUCUAUACUCUCUAUCAAGCCAUGGACCUUUCUUAUUGGGGCACAAUAUAUAGUGGAUGUCAGUAGGAAUGUCUCAAGAAAUAGGGUCCAUGGCAUGACAGCCUGUAUGGAUGAUAGCUUAUGUUGCCUAAGGUCUAUGUAUAUGUCCUAGGUAUUCAACCUCUCCCCAUUCUGGUUUAAGGGCUUGGCUGUUGAGUAUCAUGGGUUCUGUUAGGAGAUGCAUAGGAGCACUCAAAAUGCAUGCCACUAUAUCCAACAAAGGAGAACAUGCUGAAGCUACUUGCCUUUUCCACCUCAAGUGACCCUUCCAAAAAUGAGGAACCAUUCCUGAAACUUUUGCCAUUUGUGUUUCCCAAAGAUGCCUUGCGUCUACAGUGACAAACAAUCCAACCUUCUAUAGGCAUGUAUAUGCUAGCUGCUUCUAGGACCCUGACAUUCUUUCUCUCUCUCUUUGCCCAUCUGUCUCUCCUGAAUGUUAAGUUCCUUCUAGUGGCCAGGGGGGAGUGGGUACUACUUUGAUCCACCAGGCAUAGCAGCUGUCACAGCUAGGUAGUUUUUGAGGAAUGGCCUUUCCAAGUCUACUGGAUGUAGUGUGUAGAGCUUUUUAGUGGAGAGUAGAACUAUGGGCUUGGGGAAUUCUCCUUUCUGAUAUGGUUGGUCUCCUUCAUCUCUUCCCAACCACUGCAGAUAAACUAGACAAUUAACUUGAUUGUGGACAUUUGAAAACAAAUCUGCUGACAGGUGAUGGUGUGAUCUUUCCUGGCAGCAGCAGCACUUGUUCUUUAGAAUAUUGCAUACCUGUUAUAAAGGCUUCAUAGACAUGCAGUGUCCAUUUUGGCUUUGACGCCAGUUGCUGUUUGUAACACUGCUGGCACUAGUGUCCUUAUUUCAGAUAGACCCUUUUUAACACCAUCAUUAAAUGUGACAGCUCCAAAUGAGCAAUGUCUUGCAUUAGCUUAUCACAGAAAUGGUACUGGGGAGUUUAUUUGUAGCACCACACUACAAGGGAUGGCUUUAUGUAGCUCUUUAGUUGUAGGGUCUGCCUAUCUUCUUAUCUGAUUAGCAUAAGCAGUUUCUACAGAUUAGCAUCAGUCCUGUUUCUAGUGCACUGGAAGAUAUGGGUGCUGGUGAGCUGACUGUUUUGGAGGAAAUCCCAGGAAUGCAGUUCUUGGAACUAGGGACUCUAGGGUCUGCAGGUAUGUGUGUAAAUUUCAUGCUUUCUAACUGGAGUAAUGGAUGCAUGGAAAUGAGCACUCACACUGGAUUCAGUACAGCAGUCAUUACACAGUGCUUUUCAGUCAACAGAGAUUGUUACAGGAUGAGUUGCCUUUGUUUGGAGCAGUUUGGGCCUUCAGGAUCACCUUGCAUUGCUCUAGUCAGCCUCCAUAGGAGCAGCCCCUGAAACUCAUAAGAUUAGCUUUUGCCUGGUUAAUCACCUCUAGAGAGAGGAGAGCUGAGCUACACUGCUCUUUUGAGAUAUGGUCAACAGCCUCAGGUUCUGCAGGUGAUAAGGCCUACUUCCAAAUUUGGCUGGAGCUGUAUAUCUAUAACCUUACUGUACAUCUUUGAUCUAGUUACUGUAUCAGCAGAUAACCUACUGUUUCACUCAUUACCUUAAGAAAAAAAAAUGUGUCUUUGUAGCUGCACCUCUGCCAUGCAAAAGUUGUGUGGAUCUGCCCAGAAUUAUCAGAUUUCUUGAUUUGCCUGAUAUAGGAGCGCAUGUUAUGGUACACUGAACACAUGAUGUUGAGUAUUAAGGUUGUCAAUGUUUUUUCGAAGUAGUGUUAGUAUAGCUUAUUUCUAUCCUUUCCACAGAUGCAGCCCACCUAAGUAACACUGGCAUAUCUGAGAAACUUCCUCACAACCUUUUCCUGGUAUGGCUUGGACUCAGGCUUCCCUGGCAUUUUGGUAUAGCUGACUAUCCCCUUUUCCGAAAGGAUUACCACCUCAGGUACUGCAUUGCCUUUUAGUUAAAGUUUCCUUUUCCUUUCCUUGACGAUGUGGAUCUUUCAGGACUUUUCAGUUUUGCAAGGAACCCUAACCACUUAUAUUUUGAGAAAAGAAAAGGUUUCCCUCUUUAUCUGAUAUGAGAACAUUGCACUACUACAUCUGUUUGCAGUCCCAUUGACUGCUUACACAAAAGCUAAAGAAAAUGGACGUUCUGUUAGUUCCUUAAGUCAUUGCUUGUUGUAAUGUUGGGGAUUGUCUUGGCCUACAUAAAAGAAAUCUGUUACUUUUGGACUGUCAUUCAUUAUGAAGGGUCCUGCAUUAAAGGCCGUUCCCUCUGGAAUCUUUGAUAUCAUGAAGAUUCUUCAUAUAUCUUUCAUCAUGUGAGUAGCAGUACAUGCCCUUUGACAUCUGUAAGAAGUUCUCUUAAUAGUCUUAAGAUGUACAUCAUGAUCCCAUGCAGCACAAUGCAAAUAACAGGAUGAUCUCUGUCAUCACUGUGCACUCAGUCUGUAUUUAAUUGUGUACCUUUUAUUCAUUUUCUUUAUUUUACCUUUCUUAAUUUUUGCACCCAUUUCUUGUGCAACAUUUGCAGCAGAACUGAAUUGCAAGACUAGCUUACUAUUAGAAAAAUAUGUGUUAUUGCCACAGAAUGUCUGAUACUGCAGGCAUUCAGUAAAUGAGCUUUGGCUGUUACCAGUAGCAUUUUCUUGUGCAGCCUUAUAGUUUAAAUGAUAGUGAUAAACAGGUGGGUCUAGAAUUUCAAGGGGCAUGUGUUUUUCUUUAUAGGUCAGAGACUUCUGUGCAUGUAGGUAGGCAGCUAUGAUGUUUGCAAAUUGGCAGUAGCAUUGUAGCUAAAGGAGAUAAAAUUAGCAAAUGAGGCCUCUAAACAGUAUCUGUAAGAGCUAAGUACCACUGGAAAUACUCCAGUUUUGUUCAAAAUCCUUUCUCCUUUUUGGCAAAGUGAAGAGUAGUGUACUGUUGCCAGCAGUCUCAUAUGUUUAAGCAGAAAUAACAGAGUUCAAGAGCCUCAUGUCCCCGCAUCUUUACUGUUGUGUGUGCCAAAGGUAAAUGCAGUGUGUAACAGUGAAUGAAAAAUAAUUGAAUGGAUAUUAAACAAUCAUUAUUUCUGUUGACUUUUUUAAUGAAGCGUAAUCUUAACGAUCAGAGUACCACUUACAUUGUCCAGAGAAUGCAAGUUUAAAAGAUUAUUGCCUGUUUGCAAAAUGCCAGCUACUGACUUACCUUGUUUAAAGAAAUAGCAUAGACAGUGCGAGAUGUUUUAUUCAACCAGUAGUUCUUCUUAGGUUUUUAUACUUGACAGCAUUGAAAUGACUGUCUUAAGUUAUAUUAUCCAAGAUCUGUUCUGUUUAUGUAUUUUGCACAUCUCCCGAGGUCUUUUCAGUGUUAAUUAUUUUCUCUAAAGACUCAUACAACAUCAUAGUCAUUGGUUGAGGAUUUGUGGUUCAGAUAUUGUUUGGACAUUGUCUACAACAUUUGCCACCUGUUUGCCUCUUUUUUUCUCUAUAAAGCUGGGUAACAUUUCUAGCAGUAAAUUCCUAAAUCAGGAUCAUAUACUAAAAUUUUAGAGUGCACACACAAAUUUAGUAGUUAUUCUGUUAACGUGUGAUUAGCAUUACUUAUGGUUAAGAUUUUUUCUUCAUUUCACAUGUCUAGUUCUGUGUUUUAGGAAGUACUGUGCAAGUCUGUUGAACGUGGACUUUCAUUAAAAAAAAAAACGGUGUUAUUAAUCGGAAGACAUGGUUGGUUGUAACUGUGUAGGAGUGUUUUAUAUUGAUAAAUGAAACAAAAAGAAUAAUAAAUGCAAAUCUGAAAUCCUUUCA